AUGUCGUCUUUCCUCGCCCGUGCUACCGCCGCCAUCCGGGCCCGGGUCGGCGUUGCAGGGCCCACCACCGUCGGCCGCGACGCCGCGGGCAAUGUCUUCCUCGAAGCCGAUGGGCGGCGGUAUGUCGAGUUUGCCGAGGCCGACAACCCAGACCCGACCCAGGUCGACCCCAUGUGGCAGAUGUGGCUCCGCGGCAACCGCCCGGCGCCCACCCCGGACGAGAUCGCCGCCCGGGAGGAGGCCCGUGCCACUAUGCGCAAGCGCAUCAAGGAGGUCCAGGAGCGUGAGGCCCGUGAAGCGCUCGAGACCAUCGCAGAGUUUGGCUCCGAGCACGCCGUCGCAGGCAUGCCGCGCCCUGCUGCAGCGGCUGCUACUGCCGCUGAUGGCGCUGCUGACCCAAAGAUGGCCGGUGAGGCCAUGCGCCGCGUCGACUCGGACGCCCCGCUCCCACCCACCGGUGCCUCUGGUACAGGCGAUGACUUUCAGCCGGGCAAGUGGACGCCUAACAAGACAUGA